UGUCAUUUCCCAUCCCUUUAAUCAUUUUAUUCUAAUUCACCUGCAAUUCUCUCGGAUCUUGCAAUGGAUCAAGGGUCUUCACAAUUGCAGGUCUGGUAAUCCAAAUCAUCUCAUAAACGAUGCAGGUACCUGCAACAUUGCAUACUCUCACUACAGAAAAAGGACUUUUGGCGACGAAUUUAUCAGCGACGACGUUUAUUUCGUCGCUAAAACUACUAUUCCGUGACGAAUUUUUAGUCUUCAGUCGCUUAUAGCCUAAACUUCUGGACCAUUUUAUUUUUGGGAGUUUGGAAAAGCAUUAGCGACGAAUCUAGGUUUUUGGCGAUGACAUACACCGUCGCAGAAAGGUUUUGAAUUUCGGCGAUGGAAAUUUCGUCGCUGAAGACUGAAUAUUUAUAGCGUCGAUUCUUAGCCUCCGUCGCAUAAAGUUUGAUUAAAAAUAAAAAAAAGAGUUUAUAAUCUAUCCUUUUCUCUAGUCGGAAUCGACGUCACUUUGAGUGUCUGGUUAUGAAAUAAAAAAAUAACAGUAAAAUAAUUAUCAAAAUAAAAUAAAAUAGAGAGCUCAGCUCACUUCACCCCAAACCGAUCCCCUCUGUUCUCUUUUUCGUCUGCAAACGCAAACCCUAAAAUUCAAAAAUCAAGAAUCGAUCAGCUGCAGCUCGCCGGCUCCAUCCUCGAUCUUCCUUUAGUUCGAUCCAAGCCUACAUGGCUACAUCUGCCUAUCCCUAAACUCUGCCUCGACCAGUGUAUGCCUAUCCCUAUAACUAUUACAGUCUUUGUCUCCCCUGAGAAAGUCGAAAUCCCGCACCCUAACUCCCCACAUCCAUCGCUGGGAAGCCUAACGAGUUCAAACAAGACCCGCUGUCGCAAAAAUCCUAAAAAUGUCGCAGAUGAUGCCGAGAAUUGUGACGGCGGAUACGAUGAAGAGCUCGAGCUUUGACAAAAGAAAGAACUCAAACCCUAACGGCGUUGGCGAAUUCCUCAAUCUGUUGUUCGAAUGCAACACGCAAAGCUGCAGGGCCUCUUCGCGGUAUGUUGUUUGAAUUCCACAGUAUGCUGAUUAGGGGAACACGGAGACUAAGGAUUACCUCAUUGAGUUGGAUGCAGCACUUCUUAAGAACGGCACUAUGCAGGAGAUCUCGGAGGUCUCUAGACCUGUGAAUAUCCAGCUUCAAGAGCUGGAGAUAUUCAAUUCCCUCGAUUCUGACAUCUGGAGCUCCCCGGGACGUCAAAUGUUAUCGUGGAUGCUCAGUAGGCUAAAAUCCCUCUUUCUGGUGAAAUUGGAGCUUAUACAAAAGCCAAGGUUUCCUUCUCUUUUUGCAAGCCAAAGACUAUCAAAUCAUGUGACUAAGCUGAGGAUUACAUAUUCUGUUUGGUCAUGGGGAUCUUUGAGAUGGAUCUUGUGCAUAUCGUUGGGACCAUUUGGUAGAGCUAAGUGCUUGUGUGCAUUUCCCAAGAUUCAGAGGAGCUUCGUUACAUUGGUUUGUGCAUUCCUGCUAUCCCAAGACUGGUUGCAGUCUUGCAUUGCGGAACUUGACCGAUCCAUCACAGUUGGCAUCAAGGUCAGUGAGGAGGCAGCUUGACCACAGUAUCCACCAUGAGCGUCCGUCUAAAAGACGGUAAAGAAGCGCUUGUGGGGAGGCAACCCCACCUCGGUGCAUUCAUUUCUUUUGUUUUAGGUCGGAUUGCAAACUGGUUUGUUUUCUUUUGUUUUGGAUGAUGUACUAUUGGGCUGACCAUUGGAUCUAACGUAUUGUGUUUGAGUUCUUCUGUUCCCUUUAGCUGCGCCUUUGUCUCUGACUGGUCCCCUCUCCAGUUCGCUUCACUCCGACUGGUCUGUUUCCAGUCUCAUGCAGUCCAUGCACACCGGUAAUAUCGUUCCCCUUAUCUUUUCCUCUUCUCCAUUGAGGGCAAUGUCGAUCUUAAGUGUGUGUGUGGGGGGAGGGGGAUGUUUCUCUUCUCUUUUGACUGCAUUAGACCAUUGUUCAAAUUUUUAAAUUUGAGGGCUCCAAGUACGUGUUUCCUUGCAAAUUGCCUGCUCAGUAUGCUUUGAAUUGACAGUCUCUAUAUUAAUGUGCAACCUAGGGAGGUAGUGUAGCACUAUGGAGCAUGUUGAAGUAUAAGAUUUUUCCUAUCUAGCUCUCUGUUGUGCCAGUUGAUUUUGUGAAUUAGUGGAGCUAAGACCGUUGAAUUCAUGUGGUAAUGGUGUCUUUGAUUGGAUUGUGUUAUAGACUCGUGUAUCGAACAUGGUGCUCAUGUGGAAAAUGAAAAACAGUUGGUCCU